UUAUUUUAUUUCAUUUUUUUCGUUCGAAACAUUUUCGUAAUUUUUUUUUUGUAUGGUGAUAUCUUCGCGAAUAUAGUAAGUUCGCGACUCGACGGAUCAAUAUGAUGGAGAUUUUCGCGUUGAUGGUAUUAUCGUCGUCGUUCGUAUCGAUAAGCAGUGCAACUAGCACCAGCAGCAGUUCUACAAUUCCUUCACCGACUCCUGCACCGGCCACGGAUACCAGUUGGUCGAUAGUACCGGCUUUCGUUUCAAAACUCUAUCAAGAUUGCGAAAGAAAAGAAUACGAGUUGUCGGAUUGCUUGAAAAUCAAAUCCAUCUCUUUGCUAGACCGAAUUGGACGAAGCGAUGUAAUCGAACUAGGUGACUCUAUGAAGAUCGUACGCAAAGGCAAAAGAUCCGAGGCAGCCAGGGCUCUUACGGAGAACGAUAUAGAAAGCUCUAUCGUCGGUACAGAUGAAAAAUCCGCUCUAUUGAACGAUAUGCUGAUCGAGAAAAUAUCAAAAAUCGCCAACACCCACGUUUUCAAGAUAGGACUACCCAAGAUCGACGUUUCUUCCAUAGCUAAAAGUUUAGGAGAAGGUCGAGGCAAGAUGAAAAAAACCAUGGGAAUGUUUAUGAUGGCAGCCAUGAUGAAAGCCAUGAUGAUGAUCCCGAUAGCCAUAGGAGUCCUGUUCUUACUGGCCGGAAAAGCUCUAAUCAUCAGUAAAAUCGCCUUAGUUUUAUCGUUGUUGAUAACGUUGAAGAAAUUACUGUCCAAGCCGGACGAGCACGUGGUCCACGAAAGCCACGGCUGGAAUCCAUCCGGCGGAAGCGGUGGCUGGGAUCGUUCGUACAGACCUCCAGUUCAGGACACUAAUGCUAUUAACAAUCAAAACGUUCACGCUCAAAAUUUAGCUUAUAAUUCGUACGUUAACCAUUAGCAGCUGGGUAAUCCUGCCCCUGACUUUCUCGCGUCGUACUCGUACGAGUAUUUUCUAUAUAUUCUGUAACUUCUGCGAGUAUCUUUUACCAAGAAAAGUAAACGCGUCUAAUUAAGCCUACACUACGUGGUAUUGAUCUAGCUAUUAGAGAAUUUCUCGACCGUGAAAAUUCUCGCGACUGGGGCUCGAUCGCGAUAGCUCGCGCGAAUUCAUAUCAACAAUGGCCACGAAAUUGCUGUUAAUUUAUCUACUAUGUACAUACAUACGACAUGUGACGUAGGUGUAAUUAUUACUCGUACGUACAUAGGUACAUUCUGAUGGUGUAUUGGGAUUGUAUAUAAGUUGUUGACUUCGUGUUUAUUCGUUGACAUUCUUCAGUCUUUCUAGUCGCAUUCGUCGUCGUCGUAUUUCUCAUCGUCACCCACAUCGUUUCCAUACCUACACCAUAGGUGUACCUAGAAGACCUACUACCUCACAUAAUUCGGAACGUGGGUAUUCCGCAUGUGAGAAAAAAAAAAUACCGUGCCAAUGCCAUUGCCAUUUGCCACAUCUCAUAACGUGUCUCCUCUAUCGAUAAACUCUUCUAGGUAUAAUGUAUUAUCCAUAUCGAUCUCGAGAGCUCGUCAGUGUAUGUAUAUUUCAUUUUAUUUCAUUUCGUUUCAUUUCCGUCGCAUCGUCGUCGACAACUUUCUCGCCGAACGAAAGAACCAUCGAACAAAAUGAAGACUUCGCGUUCCAUGCCAUGUCGUGUGCCGAAGAUAUUUAUGUGCAUUUUUUCAUACAUUACAUAUGCAUUACACAUAUGUACAUCGAGUAUACAGGUAUACGAACUUCGUUCCUUGAAAUUUUCGUUUACUUACUCAUCUCUUUAUCAUAUCAAUCUCACCGACUCUUACAAGCAAUGAAAUAAAACGCGACGAGGAAAAAAAAUACUAAACUCCGAAUAUCAAACAAUAAAGUGAAAUUCAAUUCGAAUUUGUUUGUCAAUUAACUUGUAUGAUUCGGUAUAGAUAUCGAAAAAUUUUUACUUUUGGGUCAUUCCACGUCAAUUUGACCAAGCAGUGGUGGGGGGGGCAAGGAUUUUUUUGAAAUUUUUUCUGUGGAAGGACCUUCCGAAGGGAUGAGUUCAUUUCAUCGAGUGAUUGGGGGUUUUCAACUUUUUCAACGGAUAUGUAAAAAUAGGGGUCAACUUCACAAGUCAAAACUUUUUUUAUGUUUUAAAUCUAAAAAUCGCAUUUUUUCGCAAACUUUCAAUUUUUUUGAAUUGACUCAACGACAUAAUGCCAUCCCAGUUUUACAAUGUUAUUCAGCAUAAAAAAAGUUGUCCUAAAUAUAUUUUUUCAGAAUUUUUGAGAAUCGAAACGAUAUGAAAACUACGUGUUCAAACUGUUCGAGCUAAUUUUUCGUAGGAAAAAAUGGCAACACUGAUUUUACGAUAUAACCAAAAAGCCCUUCAAAACCCCUAAAAAUAUUGGAAAAAGUUCCAUAGGUAUCGCGGUUAUCGUCGAGUAAUCCACUGCUGAAAUGGAUGAUAUUACAAGUUCACUGAAAACUUUGACACCCCCUAGCAGCCUUUAAAAAAGAGCUUGAGGGCUGCGAUUUGCGCCAUUGGUCAUCCCUUCGGAAGGUAUUUUCACAGAAAAAAUUUCAAAAAAAUCGCUAACCCCCUCCCCCUACCACUUCUUGGUCGAAUUGACGUGGAAAGACACUUUUUUCAAUUUUUUUCCUGAUAACUUUCAAAUUUUAAGUUUUAAAAAUAGUUAUACCUAUACUUUCAUUACGUCUUUGUAAUUUGUCUACAUCAUGUAUACCCGAAAAAGGAACUAAGUACCUAAUUUAUUGUCUUUUCUUAGCAUUUAUUGGUGGUAUUGAUGUGACUUGUGUAACAUUAUUUGUAAUAUUUUGUAGGUUUUCCUUGAUGUCGGUCAA